AUGUCAGAGCAACCAACGCCUGUCAUGGGUGACCAACCUGUCCUACAACUACCUAGCUCGUUGGGGGUCUUCCGUAGAAGACCCUUCCUCUUGGCAGUUGCACAGAAUCAAACCGACGCGCACUGGUAUUCAGCUCGCGACGAUUUUCACACGAAUUAUUUGUUCUUCUCGAACAAUGAAAUUUACGCCUGUGAUCGCUGUAGGUCGGAUCGUAUCGCUGUCCGACGUCCCGAGAUCUCAACCCGUAAUCCUCAGCACCAGCAGUCAGAGAAGCGCCAAGAGUCAGAGAAGCAUCAAGAGUCAGAGGAGCACCAGGGGCCAGAGAAACAUGGGUUUGAAAUGGAGUGGUUGGCUCCCGAAACCGAAUCACUCAUGUGUAUGCUUGAAAGGAGAAACAGGACUUGGACUGUCAAAUUGAGAAAGGUCCUGUAUGAUGCGAGGAAGGAAAUCCGCAAUCAUAUCUAUGUUAGCGAGAACAUGAGUCGCUUCUGGUACAAUGCGACGGAGCAUUUCAAAACUGAAGCCCGCGCAAGCGGAGAUAAAGGAUAUAAGUCGCUGCCAAGCCCUCGUAUUCCAAGACUUGAAAAGAACCCUAUUGCCUACCGGUGUUGCGACCAUGGCUUCUUGCCAGCAGGCUUGGUGAUGGAGCACAUCCCUCCCGUCCUUCCAGACCACGCGCGCGCUCUCGUCAACAGCUAUAUCGCUCCGAGCGUUCGCAACUCCGUCAAGGACGAUCCCAAUAUGGAAAACGUCAGAUUCCUGGUGCGAUUUGGAGAACAGCUUCCCCCUUACGAGGCGCUGAAUACAAACCUGUUAUCACGCCCCGUCUAUCUUGAUCAGCUCAAACGUCAAAACAGACAUGAUGUGAAGAACUGGAUUGACGGGAUGGGUGCGUCACUUGCAAUCCUCCACUGGGUAUGCCGGUUUGACGGAGCUGGCGUGGAAUUCCACCUCGCGCCCAAACCCAACAGGAAGAAUCCACGGCUUUGGAUGACGCACUUUGGCGACUGCGAUACUAUUAAAGGGCCAGACGACACGACCGCGAUGGCAAAGGCUUUCUGCAACAAUCCGGCAUGGCCACAACCUCAAUCCAUUUCCAAGGAGUGUUCAGACAAAAUGUGGCGUUGGCGUGAGGAUACAUUCAAGCGCUUUAAAUACGCGUAUUCUUCUACAAGUGAUUAUCUCUUAGCAGAGUCUCCGUCACAGCAACACUUGCCCCGCCGUUUCCUCAAAAAGGUUGAAUGCAUGAAGCUGGACGACCAAGGCAUAGAAUAUGAAACAUCGGAAGGCUUCACAGUCUAA